AUGUUGUCUUGGAUACAAAUUACGUUAAUAUUAUGUGCAUUUGGCUUGAUGAGGGAGAUAAGACCGUCGGAGCCAUUCGUUUCCGAGUUCUUGCUUGGAGAGUGGAGAAACAUCACGGAUGAGCAGUUGAAUAGAGAUGUGUAUCCUAUAGGAACAUACUCCUACCUAUCACUGCUUAUUAUUGUGUUCCUUAUAACUGACUUCUUAAGGUUCAAACCUGUAAUCAUUUUAUCUGGAUUGUCCGGCAUUGUAGUAUACGUCAUUUUACUAUGGACUUCCAGCAUGGCAUGGCUACAAGCAUCGCAGUUCUUCUACGGCUUAUACAUGGCAACAGAAGUGGCUUACCUUACUUAUAUAUAUGCGAAAGUGGAGCCGUCGAAAUACCCGCGCGUAUCUUCGUUCACACGAAUCGCUGCACUUGUGGGCCGCUUCCUGUCCGGAGUCAGUGCGCAACUCCUGACGCACUUCGGCCUCAUGAAUUACCGGGAUCUUAAUUACAUCACACUCACAGCUCAGGUCCUCGCCACAUUCUGGGCCUUCUGGCUUCCAACCGUACAAUUCAGCAUCUAUUUCCAUCGCAACAAAACUACUGUCACCACAUCCGAACAGAAAGAACUAGAGCCCCCAACAAAUACAGGUCAAAAUAUCAAGCAAAGCUUUCGCUCGGAGGUAGUUGAAGCGUCAACAUUGAUCUCAAAACACGCUCGAGCUGCGUACGUGCGUCCCAAGGUAAUUGUGUGGUCGGCGCUGUACGCGUGCGAGCUCGCGCUUUUCGUCCAAGCACAGACUUACGUACAACUGUUAUGGAUACAGAUACAGGAACAACAGAAAGAUUCUGUGUCGUACAACGGCGCAGUAGAAGCGGUGCAGACGUUACUGGGAGCGGGCGGCGCAUACCUGGCGUCGGUGUACUCCACCAGCCUCAACCCCGCUCCCGUGGCCGCCGCGCAGGGACUCGCCUUGUUCUUCGGCACCUUCUUCAACAACGUGUUCGUCUCUUACGCGGGCUAUAUCAUCAUGGGAUGCCUCUUUCAUUACACUAUUACGUUGGCUAGCGCAAAAAUAGCAGGCCAGCUAAGUGACGAGAGUUGCUUCGGCUUGAUAUUCGGCAUCAACACUCUCAUAGGCACUGGACUUCAGUCCAUCCUCACCUUCCUGAUGAUUCAGACUAUGAUGUUGGACAUAUACGCCCAGUACUACAUAGUAAGCGGCCUAUUCGCUAUUCUGUCAUCGGCAUGGCUCCUAGGAUGGACAGUAAACAUGCUUCGACAGAAAAAAGGUGUUAAUCUUGUUAGUUAG